AUGCAGUUGAGCCGCGUUGGCUUUUUCCCAACUCAGAUCCCGUCGGAGUGGCAAGCCUGGAUCCAGGGGUUCCUCCAGAAGUCGCCUCUCUUUGCGCUGGCCGACUUCUUCACAAACAUCGCCGCGCGGGCACAGAAAGUGCAAGAGGAGGGCUAUUUGCAGACCUACCAGCCCGUCGUGAGCACCCAGCUGGUGGGCCACGCCCGGCCCCGCGAGGGCGUCCGCGUGAAGGCGGGCGCCGCGGGCGCCGCCAAGCUGUCGGAGGAGCAGCGCGCGGAUCCCGCGGCCGGGCGGUGCAGCGAGGUGAACGUGGCGGCCGACCACCCAGUGCGGACCUAUGUGAACAAGGUGUACAGGAGCGUCCAUGUGGCGGACCACCUCUACGGGCAAGAGGACGCCUUGGUCUGGCAGGAGGUGCCCCUGGAGAACGGCAGCUACCGGGGCCAGGUGUCGCGGGGCAAGCUGAGCGGCGCCGGGGUGGCGAAGUGGGCGGACGACAGUCGCUACGAGGGCCAGUGGCAGGAGGGCAGCAUGCAGGGCCUGGGCGCCUUCACGAAGCCGGACGGCAGCUGCUACCAGGGCCAGUGGGCGGCUGGAAAGAUGCACGGGCGAGGCGUUUUGACGUCUCCGGACGGGCACCGCUUCGAGGGCGAGUGGCGGGAUGGGGAGCAGCUCUGA